CGCCUAGGUAUAAAACCUGAUGCGGAGAUCCAAGUGUUUUCAUUCAUAAUAGAAAUGUGGGUGAGUACGAUUUUCAUCACAGUCACAGUGCUGGCCUGCACUCAGGCAAUCAACUUCCAAAUCAGAAAUGAUGCUGGUGGUGAGGUAUGGAUAGGCAUACAAGGAAACCCUGGACAUCCACACCUCAACGGUGGAGGUUUUAAGCUCGCACAAGGAGCUCAGGUCAAUGUAAAUGCUCCAGACAAUUGGGCAGGGCGUUUCUGGGGAAGAAGUUGGUGUGACGGUGGCACCAAUCAUUGCCAAACUGGUGAUUGUGGUAACAGAGUUCAGUGUAAUGGAGCUGGUGGAGCACCUCCAGCUACCCUUGUCGAGAUUACCUGUAAGGGAGCCGGUGGACUUGAUUACUACGAUAUCUCUCUAGUCGAUGGAUUCAAUCUAAGGGCGUCUAUCGCUCCACAGGGUGGGCAAGGUGAUGGUGGCCAGUACAGCUGCAAGAGAGCAGGAUGCGACACUGAAAUCAACGGUAGAUGUCCAGGUGAACUCCAGCAGAAAAAUGGCCAAGGAAUAGUUGUUGGAUGCAAAUCCGCCUGCUUGGCCUUCAACACCGACCAAUAUUGCUGCAGAGGAGCUCAUGAUAAGCCCGAAACAUGCAGAUCGUCCGACUGGCCUAGGAACUAUCCUCAACAGUUCAAGAAUUGGUGUCCAGAUGCCUACAGUUACGCUUAUGAUGACCACAAGAGUACUUUCACUUGCAAGAACGUGCCUACCUACAGAAUAUCUUUCGCUUAGGGUGUUUGAUCUGUUGUUUGAUCUUGAUAAGCAAUUAAAUUAUGUUCCAAAAUGUU